AUGUCUGAUAUCCAACAAGUUAAGCAAAAAGCUAAGCAAGCCUUGCCCAAACAAACCAAAAAGUUCAAUUCCAAGUCACUUGAACAUGUAAACAACUAUUCCCUUGUUCAAUAUGUUGAAAAUUUAGUCUUGUCCUUUUCAGUUUUCAACUCCAUUUACCAACAAUUUAUUGUCCCAUUGUACCAAUUUAUCACUACACAAGUGUUGUCAGUAUCCCCCAUUUACGACAUUGCUGAUUUAGUUGAUGGAUUGACGCUUUAUUUCCUUGGUUUAUUUGACCAUGCCUUUAUCGACUUGCCUAACCAAUUUAUCCACUUCGUUGUUGUUAAUUUCAUCAAACCCAUCAAUCAACAAAUUAUCACCAUUAACAAUUCAUUUUUAAAACCAGUCGAAAAUGACGCUGAAGAUUCUCUUUUCCAAAUUUACUACACUUUGAAGUCGAUUGUCCUCAAUAUCACCAAUGUCGCAUUUUCAAAAUCAAAUGAAUUGCAACACCAAAUUGUCAACACCUACAAUCAAGAAUUGUCAUCAACACCCGCCAAUAAGUCAUAUUUGGAAAAGAAUUUGACUGCUAGUUACAAUACUGGUGUCAAGACGGUUAAAGUGUUGAAUGAUGAUAUUUUGGUUCCAUUAAAAAAUCAAACCCAAGAGUUUUAUACUAAUGGUAAAAAGAAUGCCGAAUCGUUUUUGAAAGAGACAAGAGAUCGUAUUGAGCCUAAAUUGAAUAAUGCAGCUGAAGAAUUGAAUAAUAAAAAGGAUGAUUUGUUGAAGAGUGCUAGUAAUGCCGUUCCUGUACCUGCUAAUUAA